AGCGAGCCUCUGGACUUCCAACCGCUCCGCAUGUGAACCGACGCUGUGUGUUCAGUCAGGUCGGAAAACGAUGGAAAUAUGAGCCUUUUUAACUUUUAAAUGUGUCUUGUUUUGCGCUAAAGUAACAACGCUUAAGUGUCAAACGCGCUGGAACAAUUUCGGUUUGAAUAAUUUCAAGAAAAUGGGACUUUAAGUGUUUUUUUUUCUCUCCCCCCCCCCCCACGGGACUGUGAGUGAGAGUGGACUGCUUGGAGUCACUUACAAAGACCAUCAAGAAGUCAUGACAUGACGAACGUUUUAACUUGGAUUUAUCUUCAUAAAAUAGGAGGAAAAGACUAUUACGGCAACUUCAACUCUAAGUACUCGGACUACAUGGUACAUGUUGUUAAUUUAAUUUAGAUUUUCUUUGCUUUUCAACCGUUUUCAAGUCGCCCUACUUGGAUCAAAGUUUUUCCUUCCCUCCCCCUCCUCCUCAACUAUGGCGGCGGCCAGGUCCACCACUGGCUCCGUGUUGCUGCGGAUCAUGUGGCUGGUGUGCGGGCUGUCUUUCUUACCUAGUUCUGCUCAGCAUUACAACAGUGAGAGUGGAAUAUCCAUCCCAGAACACGGGUUUUGCCAGCCCAUCUCCAUCCCGCUAUGUACCGACAUCGCCUACAACCAGACCAUCAUGCCGAACCUCCUGGGCCACACGAACCAGGAGGACGCCGGACUAGAAGUGCACCAGUUCUACCCUCUGGUCAAGGUCCAGUGCUCUGCGGAUUUAAAGUUCUUCCUGUGCUCCAUGUAUGCCCCGGUCUGCACAGUGCUGGAGCAGGCCAUCCCCCCGUGUCGGUCCCUGUGUGAGCGUGCACGGCAGGGAUGUGAAGCCCUCAUGAAUAAAUUCGGCUUCCAGUGGCCGGAGCGGCUCCGCUGCGAGGCUUUCCCCGUUCACGGGGCCGGUGAGAUCUGCGUUGGUCAGAAUACAUCCGAACCCAGCAGCCCGGCAUCCCCGUCUUUGCCCAAUGCACGCGAUCCAGUGACCCUUCCCCCAAACUUAGGCCGACCCGAGCAACGCCCGGCCCAGCACAGCCCGUACCACCAGUUCUCCUGCCCUUUACAGCUGGAGGUGCCUUCCUACCUGGGCUACCGAUUCAUGGGGGUCAGCGACUGCGGAGCCCCGUGUGAGCCCACAAAACCCACCGGCAUCAUGUAUUUCCGGGAGGAUGAGGUAAAAUUCGGCCGGCUCUGGGUCGGGAUCUGGUCCAUCCUGUGCUGUGUGAGCACCUUAUUCACAGUGCUCACCUAUUUAGUGGACAUGAGGCGGUUCCGAUACCCCGAGAGGCCCAUCAUCUUCUUAUCUGGGUGUUAUUUUAUGGUGGCGGUGGCCUACGCUGCUGGGUUUUUCCUGGAGGAUAAAGUUGUUUGUGUGGAUAAAUUCAACAAUGACGGCUACAGGACUGUGGCUCAGGGGACGAAAAAGGAGGGCUGCACCAUCCUCUUCAUGGUGCUGUACUUUUUUGGUAUGGCCAGCUCCAUCUGGUGGGUGAUUUUGUCCCUGACUUGGUUCCUAUCUGCCGGCAUGAAGUGGGGCCAUGAGGCCAUCGAAGCAAACUCCCAGUACUUCCACCUGGCCGCAUGGGCUGUCCCCGCCAUCAAAACCAUCACCAUCCUCGCCAUGGGCCAGGUGGAUGGCGACGUCCUGACCGGGGUCUGCUUCGUUGGGAUCUUCAACGUGGACUCCCUCCGCGGCUUCGUCCUGGCCCCGCUUUUUGUCUACCUGUUCAUCGGCACGUCCUUCCUCCUGGCCGGCUUUGUGUCCCUCUUUCGGAUCCGCACCAUCAUGAAGCACGACGGCACCAAGACGGAGAAGCUGGAGAAGUUGAUGGUGCGGAUCGGGGUGUUCAGUGUCCUCUACACGGUACCGGCCACCAUAGUGAUCGCCUGUUACUUCUAUGAGCAGGCCUUCAGGGAGCACUGGGAGCGGACCUGGCACAUGCAGACCUGCAAGCGCUUCGCCGUACCCUGCCCGGUGCACAACUUCGCCCCCAUGACCCCGGACUUCACCGUGUUUAUGAUCAAAUACCUGAUGACCAUGAUAGUCGGGAUCACCUCGGGUUUCUGGGUCUGGUCCGGGAAGACUCUUCAGUCGUGGCGGAGGUUCUACAAGCGCCUUAGUAAUGGAAACCACGGAGAGACAACGGUGUAAAGUUUAAAGGAUGAAAAGGCCACAGAUACAACAACCAUGGAAAUGAGGUCAAUUAGCUUUCAUUUUUAAUACUCUUUUGGGACACUUUAAAAAAAAAAAAAAUAGGAUUUUUGUGUUUUUUAGGUUGUGACGGCAAAUCAGGCUUUUGGACUCACAACCAAACUUUAAUCUAUAUUCGAAAGAAGUUGGAUGUAUUUUCGAUAUAUAUCUUUGUGGGGGGUUUUGUCGACAAGAACAAGAGACAGCCCCCACUUCCUGGCUUUUGCAUCUUUGGAUUAUAAACUGGUGUAAAUCCCUGGACUGUAAUGCCAGACUGGUGAAUUUACUUUCAGUGUGACAUUUCCAACAUAUUGUUUCCAACUGAUUAUAUCCAUAAUAUUACAAUUUGAAUGUACUUCUUGUUUACCCUGGGGAGACUUUCUCAGUGGAAAACACCGGAACAGAAAAGACUGAUCUGUCCAUGCUGCAACAAAAAGGCUAAAGGUUUGAUCCCUACAGCAGCCACACCCUCUGAUCCUUAAUGAGGGAUGCCUGGAUUAUACAAGUUCAUUUUAAGGUACUGGCUUUGCUUUUAGGCAAAGACUGAAAUGCUUUAUGUGUGUUAGAUAUCGCAGCGUGCAAUCUCACCUGUUUUUAAUCUGAUGAAAAAUGCAUCAACUCGUGACUCUGCUAUUAUGUGCCAAGUGGCUGCCCAGAAAUCCAAAUUUUUAUAUCAUAUUUUAUAAUUUUUUCAAACUGUUGAGCAUUUGCUCCUGUAUUGAAUGUUCACUCCGAAGGUGAAUGAAGUUAUGUAUUGGUUUGCACAGCUAUGGUAAAGGUUAAAAGUGUUUAAAAAAUGACUGAUUCAUGACAAAGUGACCUGGAUCAAACAGUUACAGAGACCACACACACAUAUGGGCCUCCACUCUGAGAUGAAGACACAACAGCUCAUUGUUUGUCUCUCUGUGUGUGUGUGGUCUCUCAGCUGUUGGAUCCCCCAUCAAAAAGACCUUUUAAGCUUUUAAGACAUCCAAAGCACCAUUUCAAGGAUCCUGAUUUAAUCCGCACGAGGUGGAAAUGGUUGCUCAGGAUUUUUAAUGUUGUUUUAUCCUCGAUCUAGAUGACUGUACACAUCCACGCCUGUAAUCUACCCAAUGUAACUGAAUCUGCCUUACUCCCUUAUAAUUUCACUUGUGUUAAAUGGUAUUUCACAAGCACACUAAACAUUUUAGAGGCUGUAAUGAGUCAUUAUUUUAGUGUCUGUGCUACUUUACACAAGCCUUGAAAACACAGAGAAACUGCAUUUAUUUUUUUCUGCAUUUAUGUUUGAUGUUGUAAUCAUGGAAAUGCCAGGAAGGAGGUCGCCUUAUAUAUAUUUUAUUUUGAUAGAGUGCAGUGGAGAUGUACUAUACAGUGUCAGCAGGUUUUUACAACAAAAACUGAUUGAUUGUUGGUGAAAAUGGACAUCCACAUUUCCUCAACUAAUCAGUUUGAAAACCUAACAAUACAAAAGAAGGGAGCCUGUCAACUAAACGCUCCUGUAGGUAAAAUAACACAACCCAAACGUGAAAUUCAGGAUUGAGGCUUUAUUUUCUGAAACCUGAGUAGUUUUUGAAAUUGCAGUAGAAACUCAACACUCAUGUGAAUACAUUACACUUUUUUGCUACUGGUGCUACAGUAGCAAAAAAGUAACCAAUGAUUUGGGCCCAUUGGUAAUCCGCUGUUGCGUGCAGUACAUUGGCUAUUUUAUUUAUAUAUAUAAAUAUAUAUUUACUUUAUUUCUCUGACUAAAUAAUUAAACCAGGAGAUCUUUAAAUCCACUCAUACUAAUACUAGAAAAUACACAGUGUACCAGUCUUCACAGUAUACUGUAAAUGCAGUUUGUGGACAAGAGAUUUCACAUUUCCCAUGUGAAUGUACUAGGUAUCUCCAUCACUGGUUAAAAUAAGUAUGUAGGAUUGAGAUAGGAAACAGGGCAACACUCCACUGCACAUGAUUCAUCUCUCGUCCGUCAUGUUUUCACCUAACAAGGUAAAAGUUUUCUGUGUAACUGUCGUUAUGCAGAUGAGAUCUGACGGUGUCUGCCGAUGUGGUGGUGGUGUUGUUUUGUUAGUUUUCAGAAGGAAUACGAGUAUGUGUGGGGGUUUUAUUGGAACAUAUGCAACCUACAAGUAAACACAGACUCUGUUUAAGUUUAAAGGCAUAUUGUAUUUAUGGGAAUACUCAUUUUUGUCUAUUUUUUACUUUUUUAAUGUGAUAAGCCUGUUGUAUGUGUACAGUUUGAAUAAAAGUGAUAAGGUUUGUAA